UUUGAAGUAAACUCAGACGGCCUUGGCGGCGAAAACGAUCUCUACGAUGCAGAUUUUAUAGACGACUCCGACGUUAAGGGUACUACAGGAAAUCCCCCAUUUUCAGAAGCAUCUUGUUCCCGUUUUUAGAGGGAAAAGGGGAGCCAAGAUGCAGCUGAGCAUGGAUCUGGACCCUUCUUAGUUCUAAAAAUAGUAAGCCUGCAGCUAAGUUUUUAGAGGAACAUCACAGUGGAGUAGAGGCCACGAGCAAGACGAAGCAUGGCGACGAUUCAUUCGAUUGGGCAAGAAGCACGAAUGCACCGAGGGAGGCUCAUGAGCAAACGGCGCACUUUUUUCAGGGG